GCGAAUUUUGAACAGCAUACAGGAAGAAAACAUAAGAUGAGUCUUAGCGGAGAAGAAGUGAAGUACGACCUGAAUUGUUCUUGUUUUACUUAAAAAUGGACCGGUUUUCGUGGUCAAAUGGGCUUCUAGAAAUAAACGAAACUUUGGUGAUCCAGCAGCGAGGUGUCAGACUGUAUGACGGUGAUGAUAAGGCUAAGAUGGAUCUCGGAGUUGCCUUGCUGAGCACCCAUCGUUUAAUUUGGAGGGAUAUCAAAAAUCAUGAAUGCUGCAUCGCCAUGCCCCUGUCACAGAUCAUCUACUUUGAGGAGCAGGCUGCAGGAAUAGGAAAGAGUGCAAAAAUAGUUAUCCACCUGCAUCAAGUACCUGCCAACAAGGAGCCAGGUCCAUACCAAUACAGCAAGUACUUUUUAACUGACAUGGCUUUGUUUUGUUGUUUUUCCUUGCAGUUUUACAGGAGGCUCACUGAAGAGAUGACCAAGAAAAGGUGGGAGAAUACACCAGUUUCACAGCCCAUCCCCACAGGAACUGGAUCUCAGGCAGGAAAGACACGUGCAGUGGGGAUUGUUGGCAUUGAGAGGAAGAUCGAGGAGAAGAGGAAAGAAACAGACAAAAACAUUUCUGAGGCCUUUGAGGACCUCAGUAAGCUGAUGGUGAAGGCCAAAGAGAUGGUGGAGCUCUCCAGAUCUAUAGCCAACAAGAUCAAAGACAAGCAGGGAGACAUAACAGAAGAUGAGACAAUACGGUUUAAGGCAUACCUCUUGAGCAUGGGUAUUGCUAACCCUGUUACCAGAGAAACGCAUGGAUCCGGUACACAUUAUCACAUGCAAUUGGCUAAGCAACUGGGAGAUAUGCUGCAGGCCCCUCUGGAGGAACGUGGAGGUAUGAUGGCUCUCACAGAGGUGUACUGUCUCGUCAACCGUGCUAGAGGGAUGGAGCUGUUAUCCCCAGAAGAUUUGGUGAAUGCGUGCAAAAUGUUUGAGUCAUUGAAGCUCCCGUUGAGGUUGCGUGUGUUUGAUAGCGGAGUGAUGGUGGUCCAGCUGCAGUCUCACAGUGAAGAGGAAAUGAUAGCCUCAGCACUGGACAAUGUGUCAGAGAAAGGUUCCUUGACUGCAGAGGAGUUUGCAAAGCUCUUGGGUCUCUCUGUUCUUCUGUCAAAAGAGCGGUUGUUGCUGGCUGAGAAGAUGGGACACCUUUGUAGAGAUGACUCUGUUGAGGGUUUGAGAUUCUACCCAAACCUAUUUUGACCUGUUUACAAUUGAGGUGGAAUAUAGAAACAGAUGAUUUCUUUAAAAAAAAAAAAAAAAAAUCAGCUGACCUCUACAGGUGCAAAAAGGAACCUGCUGUACUUUUCAUGCCAUUAUGUAUGUAUCCAAUGUAUGUAUCCAUUUGGUGUUCUGAUUAUAAUAGAGCACUGUGAAUCCACCUUUAGAUAUGUUUUUAUCUAGAACUACGAGCGAUACUGGACUGUUUUCAAAAUGUUUCGAGUUUCAGGUCCACUCUCGUUGGUAGAGUGACCAUCAGGUGUGUUUGGUAAUAAAUGCUUUUUGGAAAACUGCA